AUGUCUCGUAAUUUGGCUGAGGAACAAUAUGAAAGACCCCCAGACAACAUUAGGAACUCCGGUAUAGAGAAAUCAAUUGAUGGGUACGCAUCUUGCGUCACACUCCAGCAAAGAUCAGGGAUCGGGAAGGAAAUCAAUCUAAUUUUCAGCAAAAGACAGCAAGACGAAAUUAUUAGAACAGCAAGGUAGCGUAUGUAUGAAAAACAUCUAUCUUUCUGUAUAUUCAGCCAAAUACACUCGCUAGAGAAAGUAUACUCGAUAUUGGAUAAAAGACCGGUUAUCUAUAUCUAGACAUGUUUAUACUUAUUUAUCAAUUUAAUCUUAAAUACAUUUAGUUAUGUCUAUAUUAAUUAGGCCGGAUGAACCAGUACGUUUCAACACAGAUGAGCAUUCAGGAAUCGGUGGGCAAAUACUACUACCAUUUCUACCACUAUGGAUGCGUAACAAUUCUAAAAAACACGCCACGGGGUCUUAAAAAUUUCCCCUUUUUAUAGCCAUUUCACUGCUUAGAUCGUGGUCACUGACUUUCUCCUCAAAAUCAUUUCUAUGACAGCUCGAUUAUGGGCACAUUUGCUAAGAAACAGACAGGAGCGGGAUAGUUCAACUUAAACUAUAUUACAAGAGAAAUAUAAUGAUAAUCAAGGGCUAUCGCAAAAAUCUGGAAUCCUGAUACGCCUUUUAAACACAUCUCUAGGGAAUUAAAGGACGAACAAGGUGGAAACCCGGAAGCCAAUACGCAGAACCUCACGCCGUACACGAUGAAAGUGGGAUUUGCGUCGCCUGAGCACUUAGACAUCGGAAAGCGAGCCCAACCCGAGAAUACGGAGAACCUCACGCUGUACACGAUGAAAGUGGGAUUUGCGUCGCCUGAGCACGUAGACAUCGCAAAGCGAGCCCAACCCGAGAAAGAAGAAGACAGGCAACUUAUCCUUCCAAAUGGGAUUAAAAUCAAAUUUGAGCACAUUGUAGCCCUGGGGGGAGAUUUUUAUGGUAUACCGAAAGCACCCAUCAUCGAUCCAUUUGAUGAAGAAGACGUUGGCCGUUGUAAGCGCUUCAUGGCUGCUUUCAACACAAUGGCGCGUGCACCCGACGAUGAAGUAGAAGAGUUGCGCAUGCUCAUAGCUAUUGCAGAUAAGGACACGGAUUUCAGAAAACAAGAUGAGAUCACUGGUGGUAUAUGGAUCGGUGGUGUCCCCGUGAAACCAGGGCGAAUGCUCAAAUUGGCCAUGAAUAAUCAUGACCAUUUUCUACCACACGCCAGGAGCGCUUAUCUGACUGGUCAUCAGGUGGCCUUGGGGAAAGCAAGAGAAGCGAGUCAAGCAAACACAGAAGACGAGAAGACCAAACUUCUUCAUGAAGCAUAUGCCAUGGAGGCGUUUGCUUGUCACUUUCUUACUGACACCUUUGCUAGUGGACACAUCAGGUAUGCUAAAAAAACUCAAAAUUACAUCAAGUAAAACUAUAUACAAAACUCCAUAGAACAAUAACUUCACUUAUUUGUCGUUGCCCAAUCUCCUUCUCUUGUUUUCUCAAAGUUUGUAAUCUGUAUUGAUUUAUGUGUUUUAUAAAUUUUAGUGUGUUGUAGUAUCCUUUGUGUGAUGUGCAAGCAUUUAUAGUUGCCACUCUCCUGUGUAUUUAUUUUUGGGAUAUUAGCUUCUCCUGAUAAAUGUUCAAUUUACAGACAAAUCGUGUUGAUUACUUUGGCAUUCUGUGAAGCAAGAUAACAACGCGGGUUAUAAAUUGGUUAUUUAAAAAAAAAUAUAUAUAUAUAUAUAUAUAUAUGGAGAGGGAAAUGACAAAAAAAAAGAGCAAGAAGGAGAAGAAUCCAAUAGCUCAUCCGCAGUGAAGCCUUUUUCGAAUGUUAAUGAAAUUAUUGAGACCGUAUUCGCCAGAAAACGCCAUGUAUUACCAAAUGAAUGUUUUGGGUUGUCGUGAUUAUGAGUGAUCCAUGAACAACUGAAACUGUGUAAUACUUCCAAAUGAAUUCUCAGGUUUGUCUAGAUUAAAGUGUUAUGUUUUUGGGCAGGUCAGCCAGGAAUGAUAAUAUUUAUCGAGCCAAGUGCUUUAUGAUCUUUAUUGUUAGAAGUAAAUUUUCUAACACUCGUCGUUUGGUAGGUUAACUCUUUUUUAUUCUCUUUCUUCACCAAAUUGAUACGGGGACUAGCUUCUAUCUGACAGGGAAAACUAGAGUCUCCGUUUAUAAAGGUGACACUGCGGGUGACAUUUCUAGGCCGUCAAUCUUCUUGUGUCGUCAUCGUACCAUCUCAACUAGCGAAUCACGCUUGACUACGUAUUACAGUUCUCACAUACCGAGUAUGCACCUUAGGGUUGUUUACGCAGUUACAAUCAAUUUCUACCUUAAUUUUCAUAUCUUUACGGGAUGAGAUCGGCCAGAACAGAAACGAGAUGGAUAAUAUAAAAAUUACAAAUAACCUUGGUUCAGAGUAUUAUUUAUACCUGGAAGGGUAUCUUAAGAGAAAAUCACCUUUACAAAUAAAACUCACUAGGAGAACGUGGCCAAACUUACAAGAAGAACGUGACCAAACUCAACCUUUAAGAUAAGACCACCCAAGAAGGAGUAAGAAGUAACCAACCUGCCCUUUUUAUAAUUUGAAUUAAAUGACUUAGAAUAAUAUAAUAUUUCCAUUCCUUUUUUCCGACACCAAUACAAGGAAACCCUUACGAUAUUGUAGAUUAACUAUAAUUGUAAUUUUAUCAUUUAACAUUAUGAUUGGAGUUGGUUAGCCAUCAAGGAUUAUUGAUCAUUAGGUAUCGUGUCCAUUCCAAAGGACAAUCAUGCUGUUCUGUUCGUACUUAAUUCUCUCAACAUUCAGCGAUAAGAUCAGCAAGAGUCAAGCGUCAACAGAGAACCCCCAUUCUGAAAUUCAUUGUUUUGUUUUUUAUUUUAUUUCAAGGGGUAGGGUUGGAGGGAAGAAAAGAAAGAAAUUCCCUAACGGAGAAGAGAAGGAGAUAUUUGGGGGAGCCUAUCGCUUCAGUGCCCGGGAAAUUUGGUUUAUGACGAGUCUCCUUUUUCCAAAAUUGGCAAGGAAAGUUUUUGCACACGGAAGCUUUUUCUAGAAACCCAUUUUUCCAUAUUCCACAACUAUCAUUUUCAAUGGGUAAGAUUCUUUUCAUCACAGGACGCCAAGAGCAGAAUUAGGAAAAGCAACAAAUCUCCAUGUGGAUGGUCAUUACCUGAGUAAGUGUAUGCAUGAUGAAGACGGACAGUUUGGCCUGCGAGUAACUAAUGUCAGAGGAGACAAGUGGAUUGCUUAUGGUGAUGGAAUGCUUCAUAAAAGCGAAGACAAUUUCAAAUAUGUCGUCGAGGCUACUCAGAAAUCAGUCAACCAAGUGUAUGAAGCCUACCAAGACCCUAAUAAAGUUAUCGACACCGCUGAGGUUACCGACAUUAUCCCACUGGUUGACUAUGAAGAGAAAAACAACUAUCCUUUGUUCCGCGUGAAGCCGGACGGAAAACUACACAGGCGGUCCAACAUAAACAAUCUGCAAGAUGCCAAUACAAUCUCUAAUUGGUGGGGGCCCUCGACAGCGACGAUGCUAUCAGUCCAGUACAAACCGAAAAACUCAGCAAUAUAA